UUGCCGCCUCAAUUAAAGUGUUGCUGCAGGUGUGAGCAGGAUGCACGUGCCAGUAUUCGAGCAAACGAUAAAACUCGUGCGGCACAUCAUCUUCGUCUAAAGAAACGUGCCUUACAAGAAGUGGAAGCAAAAGAUAAUCAGUAUCAACGAUUACUCGAGAUGAUGCAUCAACUCGGACAAACCAAACAGAACAAACAAAUCAUGGAUGCAUACAAGGCUGGAGCCAGUGCCUUUAAAGCAACUCUGCAAAGACAAGGCAUUCAACCUGAACAGAUUGAUGAAACAAUGGAUAGUAUAAGUGAUGCGAUGGCAACAGCCGAGGAGAUAAGAGAGGCCAUUUCGGCGGGAGUUCCGGUGACAAAUGGCGUUGAUGAAGCGGAUCUGGAGGCUGAAUUGAACGCGAUUCUAGCAGAUAAGAAGAUCGAGGAGAAAGAAUCCGUGGUCAGCGGCUUACCUGAGGUUCCGUCCGAAGAACCAAAAGCUGUGUCUCCAGCGGCGAGUGUCACCAAUGAUGAACAGUCAUUGGCACAACGACUCAAAAGACUUCGAGAAUCGGCCAUUUGA